AUGCAUUUUUGGAUUGAUAAAAGAUCAAAUUAUGGAAUCGGAUACAAUCGUUCUAUGGCUGGGUUGUCAUAUCAACAUCGGAGAUUAAGAUCAAAAUCGUUGGUGACGCCAAUGAGGCAAUAUACGUCAUCACCUCCUUCAACAUCUCAACAUCAUUUGAAAUCACAUCAUCUUCACUACCACCAUCGCCAUCGUCUUGGAGAUUUUGAACAGCAUAGACUUCCGCCGCCGUUAAGAGCGCAACACUCGUCAAAUGAAAAUAGAUCAAAUGCGUCUUCUUUCCAAGCAAACAAUUACCCAACUCCAGUCAUUCAUUCAGUUCAUCCUCGUGAUGAAUCGACUAUUAAUCAUGUUGAUGAUUUAAUACAUAACACGAGAAGAAAUAGUGUAAUCAACAAUUGGUUACCAAUUUAUUUGAAAGGCGUGAUUUGCAUAACAACUGCAAUCAUUCUAUUGGCUUUAAAAUUAUAUUAUGAUAAUGAAUUGACAACCCUUCAGCUUGUGACAUUUUGUUCAAUGUCAAUUCUUUUCAUGGUAUUCACAACGAUAAUUUCACUUCUACGUAUUGGGAGAAAUCGUCUAACAAGAAGUGAAAAUUUUCAUGAACAGAUCAUUGAACCAUCAACAAUGGCAUCGAAUCAAAUUACUACGCAAUCAAAUAAUUGUGAUACGAUAGAACUUCCACCACCUUAUCAUGUAGCACUCACCUUACCCGAUAAAAAUUCAUCUUUUAAAUGCGAAGAAUCGCCACCUCCAAGUUAUGAUAAAAUUAACAUAAUUUAA